AUGUUUGUCUCAGCGAUAUCUCCUCUAUCAACAACUCUCACCAGACUAUUAAAACAAGAUGGACCAAACCGGUCACCGGUUCGAAAGUUCCUCUGCCUGAGUCAGAGGAGGCAGAGCGAAACCGGUACCGGAAAAUCUUGGAUCAUCCCAACGAGUCUCUCGCUUUUUGGUUCAGGCUUCCUCUUGGGUCCUCUCCUCGAUGGUCUCCACUCACGUGUCGAUCUCGUGGUUUACCAAAACGGAGCUUUGCAAAUCGGUCCUCUUCAUACCAACAUCUGGGUCCCGAUCUUGCUUGGCUUAUUUUACUGCACAGUAGGGUUAGUGCAACUCGUAUUGGAUGAUAAAACGUCUACAAAGCCUCCACGUGGCAACCUGAACAAAACAGUAGUUUCACUGUUAGCAUUGGUGUUGUUCUUAGAGCUAAGUGCUGAAAUGUACAAAGCUGGAGUUUCAGACAACAUAGAGGCUUACAUUCUAUUUGCCUUAGCGGAGUUUAUAUGGUUCUCUCUGGAUAGAACUUGGCUUGGCUUUACCAUUGCCACGCUCCUCGGCAUCGCCUGUCCUUUGGCCGAAAUCCCCAUAAUGCAGUUCUUGCAUCUGUGGUACUAUCCAGAAGCAAACAUAGAGAUCUUUGGGCAGGGACUGGUCACUUGGACAACAACUUGCUACUUUGUCUACACACCGUUCUUGAUCAACCUUGCAAGAUGGCUCAAGACAGUUACGGAGACUACUACUACUACUACUGAUGUGGACAUUACAAAAUGA